AGGAAAAAAGAAUAUAAUUGGUUACUACUACCCUAUAAUUUUGAAAAUAACUACCUCUCAGGGCUCUAGAAAGAUCAGAGAACAAAGGAAAACACUGUGUUCAGGCGGAGAGUUUGUAUUAAUACUCCUAGUAUUAAUAUUCAGAGUGGAGACAGACACAGUUUUAUUUGCCUGAUUCCUUGUAGUACUUGAGAUCAGUAAGCCCAUGGCGGACAUAUUCAGGCAAAUAGAACACAUUGACAAUGUUGGAAGGAUGAACCCAUGACUUGGCGGUGGAUUUGCAUAAAAGAUGUUCCUCUUCACAUCAUCUGUAUUCAUAGUCCUGCUGCAUGUCUUGUGCAAUAAGCCUGUGGCUAAAUGUGGUGCUGGCAAUCCUCUCUCUAUUAGGCACAGGCAAUAUUAUUCAGGAGAUCUGCUCAUUGCUGGCGUUAUUUCUCAGAUCUACAGAUUCUCUGAGCUGAUGACAUUUAGAAGACAUCCUUCUGCAGAACACUCUGAUGAGCUCAUGUUCUUUAGUCAAAAUUAUCAGCACAUCCUGGCUUUGACGUUUGCUGUGCAGGAGAUCAAUGCAAAUUCCCACAUCUUACCUAAUAUCACCCUGGGCAUCCAUGUCUUCAACAACUAUUUCAUGGCAAGGUGGACUUAUCUAGCUUCGAUGGAACUUCUUUCCACCCAUGGCAGAUUCAUCCCAAAUUACAAGUGUGAUGACAAGGACAACACCGUUUCUGUUAUCGUGGGUCCUAACCCCCAGUUCUGUCAGUACGUGGCAAGCAUUUUGAACCUUUACAAGGUCCCACAGAUCAUAUAUGGAUCUGCUCCUGUGAUGAAUAAUAAUGCCCAAGCUGCUUCACUCCACCAGAUGUUCCCCAAUGAGUACCAUCAGAAUGAAGGCAUUCUCCAUUUACUCUUGAAUUUUAAGUGGACUUGGGUUGGAGUGGUUUAUAUAGGUAAUGACAGUGGUGAAAAAUUUGUACAUGACAUACUUCCCAUGUUCCAUCAGAAAGGUAUCUGCUUUGAUUUUAUAAAAGAAUUACCUCGAGAGUCUUUUUCCACUAACAUUGAGAAUCUCGUAUUGAGGUAUUAUGAAAUACAUGGGAUUAUUGCAAGAAGCACUGCCAAUGUUGUCAUCUUAUAUUGUGAAAAUCAAUGCAUAGUGGUUUUGAGAAUGGUCUUCCAUAGUGCAGAAUUUGAUGAGGGACCAUCCAAGAACAAAGUCUGGAUCAUGACAGCCCAGAUUGAAUUUACAUCCAUUCCUUUUCAAAGAUAUUUUAGCCUACACUUCUUCCAUGGUGCAAUGUCUCUUGCAGUUUCCUCAAAUGAGGUCUCAGGAUUCCAGGAAUUCCUUCAGACCAUGAACCCUGCUUUGGAGAAUCAGGAGAGCUUGAUGAGGGUCUUUUGGGAACUGACGUUUCAGUGUUCUUUCCCAAGCACUGCCUCAAAUGAGGACAUAGGAAACAUCUGCACUGGAGAGGAGAAAUUAGAAACCCUUCCUGGGUCUUUGUUCGAAAUGACCAUGACUGCUCAUAGCUACAGUGUCUACAAUGCUGUCUAUGCGGUGGCCCAUGCUUUGCAAGCUAUGCACUCAUACAAUGUUAAACACAGUGGAAUUCAAGAUGGGAAGAGACAGAUGCAGCAACAGCUGUGGCAGGUGCAGCCCAUUUCCAUAUGUAAUGAAAAGUGUCAAGAAGGCUAUAGUAAGAUUAAGAUGGAAGGGAUGCCAUUUUGUUGCUAUAGUUGCCUUCCAUGUCCAGAAGGAAAGAUUUCAAAUCAGCAAGAUAUGGAUGACUGUAUUGAAUGCCAGGAAGAUCAAUAUUCAAACAAUGCCAAGGACUUUUGCAUUCAGAAAAGCAGAAGCUUCUUGAGUUAUGAAGAGCCUUUGGGAAUUGCUUUGACCACUCUUGCAGUCUCCUUUUCUUUCAUUACCAUCUUGGUGCUUGCGGUCUUCCUUAAAUACUCAGAUACCCCCAUCGUCAAAGCCAACAAUCGCAGUCUCAGCUACACUCUCCUCCUUGCCCUCCUGCUCUCCUUCCUUUCCACUUUCCUUUUCAUUGGUGAACCUCAGAAGGUGACCUGUCUCCUUCGACAGACUGUUUUUGGGGUCAUCUUCUCGGUGGCCGUUUCUUGCAUUUUGGCCAAAACCACCAUUGUGGUUCUAGCUUUCCUGGCCACCAAACCAGGGUCUAGGAUGAGGAAAUGGAUAGGGAGAAGACUGGCCAGCUCCAUUGUCAUUUCCUCUUCCUUUAUUCAAACCAUUAUUUGCCUGGUGUGGCUGGCAAUCUCUCCCCCAUUCCCAGAUUUGGACACACGCUCCAUGGCUACAGAAAUUGUGCUGGAAUGUAACGAAGGGUCCACCGUUCUGUUCUCCUGUGUCCUGGGCUUCAUGGGGAUGCUAGCCUUCAUCAGCUUCACCGUGGCCUUCUUAGCCAGAAAAUUGCCAGACAGUUUUAAUGAAGCUAAAUGUAUCACCUUUAGCAUGCUGCUCUUCUGUAGUGUUUGGUUAUGCUUUGUUCCAGCCUAUUUGAGCAAAGGGAAAAUACACAGUGGCUGUGGAGAUCUUCUCCAUCUUAGCCUCUAGUGUUGGUUUACUGGGUUGCAUUUUUUCUCCAAAAUGUUUCAUUAUAUUGGUGCACCCCACAUUAAACAAGCAAGGACAGCUAGUAAUACAGAAAAGAAAGUGAGGUUCAAUUCAAGCCAUGUCCCAUUCUAAAGAGUGGGGUUUAGUCAGUUGUGACUGACUGCCUUGCUGCUAUUUUGAUAUACAUACAUGUAUUGAAGUCAUCAGAAAUUUCAGAUAUACAGACACGUUUGGGUAGCUGAAAUACCCUAAAGGCACUAUCCAUUCCUGAUCUCAAAGGCUAAAUAGACUCAGCUCUUGUUGGUGUUUUAACUGGAGAUUCUUAUUGUAUCAAAUGCAUUCAAGAUUGGAUUGUUCAGCGGAGUUUUACUGCUGUUGCUUUCAAUGUUAUAUGCUGUUGUCAUUAAUUUUACUAUGUUUUAUCAUUUUAAAAUUUAACAUGUUCAACUGUCAUGUAAAUGCCUUAUCCCAAAAUACAGCCUAGAAUAGCAUAAAUAGUUAACAUCAGAAUAUUGGUAGUGUUGCAAUGAAGAUUAAUGUGUAGACACACACAGAUGCAGAACUUUUUCCCUUUGACCAAGUAGCAUGUAGUAGAGUUUUAUAUAAAAAAAAGUAGAUCUAAA